UUCUAGAACUCUGAGGUCUACUUCAGAAAUGAAUUGCAUAGGCAGUAGGUGUUCUGUUCUUACUACACAUAUCUUGAUCAUUGGUUAUUGGGACAACUUUAAGUGCACUUUUUGAAAUGGAGCAAUACAUCAAGAUACUAUAAUCAAGAGAAAAAAUCUCAGCGAACUAAUACAAAAACGUCAACUUUGUAUGUUUCUACAUGGGUUUUAUUAUUUGCCGCCCUGUUUUUAAAGGUACAUGAAAUAUUUGGGAAACAAAGUACUUGUUCAUCAUCGAUACAGUCAAAAAAGGCCACGGAAUUACAAACCAUACUUCGCGUAAAACCUUCCAAAAAGACUGCAAAUGAUUUUCAAGUUGUGGAAAGUUCGCUGGUCAGUGUGCUACUCACCAUCAUUUUACAAAGUAUGCUACAGUUCAAAAUCUCAUUCUCCUGCAUUCACAUCCAAGAAGAGCAAACUUGAGGUAUGGGAGGGGAUAACUAUCAAAGAAUUGUCGUCAGCUGCUAAAAUAUCUCCUCACAUAAUUCUUAGAACCUUAAACUCAGCCCUUGUUACAAAACACAAAGCAAACACCAAUUCAAAGUUGGAAGAUAAAGCGAUAAUCGAAACUCUGGUGAAAUUAAUGGGAUUCACACCAGCGUUCAGACACCAGAUUAUUCACGAAACAAUUGACUGUGAUGCUUAUCCAAGACCACCUUGUCCUCCGGAGAAAUGUGAACCACGCCCCCCCAUUGUCGCUGUCCUGGGUCAUGUGGAUCACGGAAAAACAACUUUGUUAGAUGCUUUACGCUCUAGUAGAGUUGUUGACGAAGAAGUUGGAGGUAUAACUCAACAUCUUGGCGCAUUUACAGUAUCUUUGUCAUCUGUUGAACGCAAUGCUGGAUUUACAGAUCCCAAUCCCGUGUCAUUUUCCAGAAGCAUCACUUUUCUAGAUACACCAGGCCAUGCAGCAUUUUCUGGCAUUCGCUUUCGAAGUGCAAAAGCAACUGAUAUUAUGCUUUUGGUAGUCGCUGCUGAUGAUGGGGUUAAACCUCAAACUGUUGAGGCAAUUCGUUACGCAAAAGAAACAAACACUCCUAUAGUUGUCGCAAUCAAUAAAAUUGAUAAACACGAUAUCAAUAUGGAUAAAGUAGUCCAAGGUCUAGCUACUUAUGAAGUUUUAACUGAACAGUUAGGUGGAGAUAUACAAGCAGUUCCAAUAUCAGCAUUAAAACGAAUAAAUCUUUCUGAAUUAUUAGAUGCUAUUAUUCUGCAAGCUGAAAUAAUGCAGUUGAAAGCAGAUCAUACCGGAUUGACUGAAGGUAUUGUUUUAGAAUCGGAAACACUUCAUGGGAUUGGCAAAACGGCUACCUGUCUUAUUACUCGAGGUGUUUUGCGUAAAUCACCCAAUAGUGGUCCACUUAUAGCUGGUGAAGCAAUCUGUACCCCACGAAUCUUGCUAAACGAUGCAGGAAAACUCGUGGAUUCAGUUAAACCCGGAUUUGUAGCGCGGGUAGCGGGUUGGAAAGAUCUCCCCUCUGCGGGAGAUCUUAUCCUAGAGGUAGAAUCUACGAAGCGAGCUAAUGAAGUUCAACGAUAUCGGCGGUGUUUAAAGGUACAGGACAAAGUUAAAGAAGACCGUGAUGCAUAUGAUCUUCGAGCGUCUCAUCAUCGAGAACAUCGCGAGAAAUACGCAGAAAAACGUUCGAGCCUUCAUCUACGUCAGUGGCGAAAACUUAAAUUAGAACGUGAUUCAGCUGAAUCUAGCUUAUGGAAGGAAAAUUCUAAUAGAAUUUCCUUACCACUUGUAAUCAAAUGUGAUGUACAGGGUAGUUUAGAGGCGAUAAAAACACUCCUUUCUACCUAUUCAUCAGAUCAAUGUAAAAUAGAAUACUGCAUUACCGGUGUUGGUCCGUUGACUGAAUUUGAAGUAGACGCGGCCGCUGCAGUUAAAGCAAAUGUACUACUAUUCAACAUUCAUGCUCUUCCUGAAGCAACAAUUACAGCUGAACAUAAUUGUGUUAAAAUUAAAGAAUUCAAUAUUAUUUAUCGAUUGGCUGAAGAAGUUAGGGAACUAUUGAAUGAAAAGCUCCCACCAGUAUCAGUGGAGAAGAUAAUUGGUGAAGCAGAAAUUCUCCAGCUGUUUACGAUUAAAGCAUCUAAAAGCGUCGUGAAGACUGGACUUUUACCAGUUGCUGGAUGUAGAUGUAUUAAAGGAAAUAUUAUCGCUAAUAUUACUAAAAUAGGCUCCAUUCUCACAGAUCUAGGUGUUGAUGGUCAACCAACUGAAUUAUGUUACCGCAUUGUCCGUCCAGCUCACCAUUCAACAUCACCAAACAAUAAACAUGGAGAAAAUCCAACCACCGCUCAAAAAGACUUUCCUGAUUCUAAAAAUACCAUAGUGGAUCGAGCUAUCUGUUACUCAUUGCGUCAUGAAAAAUCUGUUGUUGAAAGUAUUCGAAAAGGAGUAGAUUGUGGUAUUGUAUUAGUUUCUCCUGAAGUUCAGGAUAUUCAUAGCGAGAAUCAAAAUUUAUCCGCAAAGAAUUUCAUUUCACAAUGGAAAGUAGGAGAUAUAAUUCAGUGUUAUGUAACAAUAAAUGAAAAAAGUUCAGUUGAUUGGGACUUCGAGACCUAUAAUUCAGAAACAACAACACUCGAAAGCCCAUAACUUGGUCAUUUUUAUUUUUAAAACAAAAAGAAACAAUCUGUAUAGUAGAAUAAACUUACUAGUAUAAGUUUUUUACAACUGCA